GCACAGAUUCACGCGUCUUUACGUGCCUUGCCAGUACAACAAUUUCCCCUAGAGCAAGCCAGAAUGCGCAGAAGUCUCUCACCAAAGCCUUCUCCAAAUCGCAAGCGACAGCGUUUAUCGUCUCCUAAUUUCGACGAGGAACUGAACCUCAGCCAAGAUGAACUUGAGGCUCUUGACAGGCUGGAGACAUGCUAUUCUCAAAAGGCCCGAAAUUCUGACGAGAACGAGACAAACAAGUCCGGGUCCAUGCAUGAGGGCGCGUCUCAAAAUCCAUUUGAUUCAAACAAACCAGAGCCUUCUAUCUCUGCAAUCUUUCCAGCAUCUGGAUUUACAUCUGCUGCAGCUAUAGCUUCCACCUCUACGACGGACAUGGAUCUCUCCCCCACGUGUCAGCCCUCUUCGUCUAAUUCUCCCAUACAGGAACAAGAUUUUUCUUCUUGGUUCGCUCCGGGACCUCCGAUCAAGACAACUGCCUUUCAAACAGGAGGGCUUGUAGCUGCAACAUCUUUGUUCAGUUCAGCAAAAGUACCCGGCUUUUCAACGGCGUCCAAAGGAAUCAUAGCACCUUCUUCAGCCGCACUUGAGAAGGCACGUCAGAAGAUGAAAGAGUGGCAAAGAGAAGACACUGAUGGGCUUUCCAUCGAAGAAUCCAUACAACCGAGCGCAAUGGAAUUAUUUCGCACUGCUUCAUCUCUAACACCAUUCACUCCACUUGCUCGUCCGGCAUUGAUAAACGUCCAAAAUACGCCUGAUACGCCUGGUACACCUAGUCCAGCUCCGUUCUCCCGACCACUUUCGAAAGGACCUACAAACGCAGCCGUAGCGAGCCUCAGAACGAAACAACAAGCAUUCAAGUCGCCGCUUAUGAAGCCAUCCACUCUGAAGGAGUCCAUCUCACCAAUUGCAAACUCAAAAAAUAACCCUCAAAGCAGUACACAAACUUCUCGUGCUCAGCAUCCUCUCGCGUCGUCUCCACUUUCUACGAGCCUUAGUACGCCUAAACUCACACUACUGUCUACCAGAUUUUCUACACCCAAUUCUAAAGUAAGAAUUACGCCUGCCAAAUUUGUGACGCCUUUCAAACCUGGCAUGAGACCUGGGGAACCCGGUCGCGAAAAAUUAUUGCAGCAGACGAAGGAGGCAGACAAAAAGCUUGUAUUAUCUCCAUCACCAAACUUGAGACUCGAUACCGUUCAGACAGAAUCCCAGGCGUCUCUAGCUCAGAAGCCGAAAACACAUCAGUUCUUCGAUCUGACAAAACCACCGAAUCGAAAGACGCUCGCUUCUUCUGGUUUCGUGCCUCAGCGUUUUACUCCUGAAGAGCUCGUGUUUCCUGGAAUGUCAUUAUCUGAACUUGAACAGAUUCAUCCCCGCAUAACGGCCUACUACUCCUUCUACAGGAAGGUGCCUUCAACACAAUACGACGACCCGCCACCCUUCGAGACAGUUCAUGCUGAUGCUGUUAUGGAUCCAAUGGCGACCUUCAAGUACCUCAAGGAAGCGGGAUGCUCUCUGGUUUCAAAACCUUGGAUUGAUAACCACUGGGGCCUCAUCCUCUGGAAGCUUGCUGGUAUGACUUGCCUUGAACCAGAGAAGGAGUGGGAUGAAAAGGAAAGACGAUGGUGCUGGGAAGAAGUGUAUCGGCAAAUGUUGUAUAGAUACGAGCGCGAGAUUAAUCAAGGUAUUCGACCAUCAUUGCGACUUAUUGCAACUCAGGAUGCGCCAUCUACGUCUCCCAUGGUUCUAUGUGUCAGUGAGAUCAAGUGGACAGAGAACAUACUCUUGGAGAACGGCGAGAUGUAUCACGGCUGUCCAGAACUUGAGCUCACCGAUGGGUGGUACAAGAUUCGAGCGCAGGUCGAUGCGCCGCUCACGAGAGCCAUCCGGAAGGGAACUCUGGCAAUCGGUAGGAAGAUUGCAGUAGUGGGCGCCAAACUGGAUUCAGAGCGGAAAGACCCUCAAGAAAUACUUGAGGCUUACAACUCCAUCAAGUUGAUAUUAGCGGGUAAUUCGACGCAUCUCGCUCCGUGGCACGCAAAACUUGGUUUCCAAAGAGAGUUGCCUGUUGCUACAAUGCAUAGUUUGACUCGUGAUGGGGGCAUAGUAGCUGCCAUGGAUUUGCUUAUUGUCAAGGUUUAUCCAAUUGCAUACUUUGAGUUUAUCCACACCAAUAAGGGACGAAUAAAUAACGGUCCACUAAACGAGAAGGAAGAAUUGACGCUUCGCGACGAAUGGCAGCGAAGGAGAGAGUUCGAGGAAUCGAAGCUCCGCGAAGAGUUCGACAAGAAUACGCGGAGAUAUCGCGGUUACGCAGAUAGGCUAGAGUGCAAAGCAGGCAAUCACUUCCGACCCGGUGAAGACGGACCACCAGAUUGCAUCGACGACCUAUACGACAAACUCGAGGAACCUGAGGAGGCUGGGAAGGUUAUCUCGGCGAUAUCACUUACAGACGCGGGCUGGCUUGUCCAGCGCAUCCAGAAACAGCUUGAAAAAGACCAGGAAAAUCUUAUGGACGACAUCGAGAAAGAACUAGCGGUGAGUCAUUUCGUCAUCAGAGAACAAUUUGCUAAAACCACGACGCCAGGACACUUGUCCUCCAAGGGAUGUCCGUAGUUUCAGGGUCAUUGUCGUGAAAGAUGCACGAACGC